AUGUCCGUAUCUCCAAAUUCAAGAGAUUCAGCACUUCAAAAAGAAUAUGAAAGCUUAAAAGAAAUAAAUUUAACUUUAUCUGGUUUAUUGUCAACGAUUAGAAAAGUAGAAAAUGACAUAGAUCUAUUUAAUUCAUCAACUAAUAAUACCAUAAUAUUGAUGAAUAAAUGGCAAAAGAUACUAAAUGACUCAAAUAUAACUAAAGAGAUGUUGAAUGAUAAAUCAUAUGUACCUGGUGAAGAUGAUGAAAGGGAUGAUGAUGAAGAAAAUGAAUUAAGAAAAUUAGAAUCAAAAUUAAGUAGUAUAAAUGAUGAAAAUCAGAAAUUGAAUCACCAAUUACAGGAGCAAAUCAGUAGAAAAGAAAUUAGCAUUAACAGAGCAAGAGAAAGAAAGAGAAGAUUAGGUUUGUGA